GGGGGGCAUGCAUGGGCUGUAUACACUGUUGCCUUGGCUCCCUCCAACAGAAAGGGAAAGGUCGGAGCCUGGGCCUGCCCCUACCCUGCUGGGUGUGGGGAAUUCCCUGUGUGCCUUCUGCAAAGCCAACACGGGACUCCCAGCUGCAGAAGCCUGUUGGCUCCUGUUGGUGGGGAGCUGCCCAGCCCGGGCCCCUGUCCCUUGGCCAGGGUGGCUGGAGUGCAGCCGCUCCACCUGGACUUGGUGCACACAGUGACUCCAAGUCCAAAUAUUUCAGCACGAGCAAAACCUGGAGAAACCACUCGGCCCAAUUCAUGGCUAUUGUGAGAAAGUUUGCGAAGGUGGCGAAUUGCGACAGAGCUGCAGAAAUUGCAAAGAACAAGCGAGUGGGCCAACCGAGAUCUCAGGUGGGAACCUUUUUGCUGAAUGCAGUGGAAAGAAGGAGGAGACGCCCAGAACGGACUGACUUUGGCUAAACAUCUGUGAUUGUUAGACUCAGACUCUGAGGAUGAAGGUACUGAUAUUGCUGCAUUGCCAAGUACAUCAGAAGGAAUCUGGAUUCAGGUCAGCCAAAGACAAGGAGCAGGAACUAUUAUGUUUUUUUCAAUCAGAAAUGGUUUUGUAACAAAAACAACUCCAGAACUGAAACAAAAGAGUGACUGGAAAAUUGCUAAUUUUUUUAUAGCUGUAAUAUUCCCUUUUCUGUUGUUGAGCAUCCAACUUUUCAAGCAAUGAUCAGCUGCCUAUGGCCAGAUUACCAAGACCCAGUCAAAAGCAGGUAGCAGGUGAACAGUGAAAUGCAGUUACUGAUGGCUUGAGGGGUGGAAGCAUGCAACAAAUUACAUGGAAAAGCAGUUACGUUAUGGCUGGCGUAAUGUGCACAACCAGUGAUUGCUAACUGUGUGCAAAUAGGGAAGACUGUGGUUCGUGCAUCAGUGGUUGAUACUGGAUGGAAUGAGAAGACUGGACAGUACUAUGCUACACUGGCAAGAGAAGCCAAGGCAUUAGCAAAUGAACUGUACGGUUGCAUUGUGAAGAGCUACAUGACAGAAAACAAGAAAAAGAUGCAAAGUCUGACGAGUGAUUUGGAAGAAGAUGACGGCACUUGGGUUAUGUAUGGAUGUGCAUCAUAUUGACUCAAUCUACUUGGACGAGAACCUACACCAAGUACUUUGAUGAAACGUUGUAGAUUGACAAAAGCAUUUUGGUAAUCGCGCCCGGCCUGGAGCUUGGUUAAAAGAAUGCCAAAUCCCCAGUGACACGAUGGAACAAUCAGAUAACAUGCCUGGAAAUGUAUGUUAAAAAUCGGCCAUAUUAUCUCAGGAUGAUUUAGUUGGGGAUUGGCCCUGCUUUGAGAAUGGUCUUGCACUAGAUGACCUCCUGAGGUCCCUUCCAACCCUGAUAUUCUGUGAUUCUAGGAUUUUGAGAAAUCAUGAGGCAGAAUUUGAAGAUAGAGCAAUCAGUAUAAUUAAUACUCAAGGAAUUUACCAAGAAGUAAAGAACUUGAUCGCUCAGUUGAAACCAGUUGCUGUGGCACUUGACUCACUCCAAAGGGACACACAUCAACAGUUGCUGUUACAGGCGAAGUAUGGUUGGAUCUGCAGAUAAAUGAAGACCUUGCACCACAUAAAGCAAAAGUACAAAAGAGAGGUCAUGAGUCAAUUACUCCUGUACACAUGUUGAUCAGCCUCCUUCAUCCAAAAUAUGCAGGAAAGAAAUCGUCAGCUGAACAAGAAUAUAUUGCAAGGCAGUGGGUGCUCGGCAAAAAUCCGGACGUUGUGCCAUAUUUACUUUCAUUUAAAGCAGAAGAAUCUCUGGAUUCAAAAAUCUACGUUUUCAUCCACUAUGAAGAAAAAGGAUGGAAAAAUCUGAAGGCUGCUGAUAGUCCAUCUAACGUCAUAGAACGGGUGGUGCAAUUGCAUCAGUGCAAGUGCAGGUGUGAUGUUCCCUGCCCUGCACCAUCUCCGCCUGGGCGCCCGCCCCACACUCGGUGCCACGCGGGCAGGUGGCUCUCCCCGGGGGUACCUGUCCCAGGAGAACGAGCAGCGGUGCCGAGGGCUGCUGGAGACCUCCACCAGACGCUACCGGCAGGAGGCGGUGGCAGCGGCUGUGCUGGUGACACUGUGUUCUGUGAGCGGGUACCCUGCGCUGCUGUACACGCUGCGCUCCAGCACGCUGACGGGCCAUCACAAGGGAGAUGUCAGUUUCCCGGGCGGUAAGCGCGACAGCUCCGACCAGGAUGUGGUCGCCACAGCGCUGAGGGAGACGCAGGAAGAGCUGGGCCUGCACUUGGGGGCUGAGAGCGUCUGGGGGGUCAUGAAACCCCUACCCACUGGGAGGGGACUGACUGUUGCUCCCGUCCUGGCACAUCUGGGCCCCUUGGAGUGUGUGUGUCUGAGCCCCAACCCACAGGAGGUUGAGGAUGUUUUCACCAUCCCCCUGUCUCACCUGCUGCAGGCCCAGAACCACGGUUACACCCACUUCUGCCAGCAGGGCCGCUACAGCUACACGCUGCCCGUCUUCCUCAACGGCCGCUACCGGGUGUGGGGGCUGACGGCCAUCAUCACGGACCUCACGCUGGAGCUGCUGGCGCCCAGCACCUACCGCCGGAGAACACGCCCACCCAGCACCCGCUGAGCCCUCAGCCCACCUGCGCUAUGGCCUGCCCUGGCCCCGCAGCAUGGACAGAGCCAGCUGGCAGGGCUGGGCGAGGGGCCCCUGGAGGCAGAGAGAGCCAGCGGGGCAGGCUAGGCGAGGUGUCCCCCCAUCUCAAGGGCAGAAAGAACAAGGGGGGCAGGCUGGGCGUGCCCCUCCCAGAGGCGUGGGACAGAGCUGAGGGGGUGACCCUAGGAGGGAAUCCCCAGCCUGUGAUAACGCUGGGGGGGGUUACACGGUGUCUGGAGGGGGGAUGCUGACGAGACCUGCGUGAGCUGUGAUGCUGGUGGCUGCUGUAUUUCAUGUGGGGUCUACUCAUAAACAAGCCUCCCUGA